GGUUUUCAGGUCGUUGCGCUGCGCAGACGGGAUGGUCCGCUCACACUGACGCUGAAGAUGUCGCAUUAUGCUCUGGGAGUCCACCUGCAGGUUGUGCUGGCUGUGGGUCUGGCUGUGUUCUGCUACUGUCUGGUUCUUGGCUGCGUCCUUCUCUGUCGCAAAAAGAAAAAAAAUUCCUCUGAGGACAAAGAGGCCGUUUUCCUGCGCCCCCAUCCCGCUCAGAGUCAGACCGUGACAUUAACUCAUUCUCUGUGUACUCAGCCUGUCAAACAGCAGUAUCAGGAGCUGGACGGGGAUGUGUUGGAGUUCCCUUCUUCUAAAAGUAGCUCAUCUCCAUCUGAAGAUGACCUCAGUACUCUCCCAUUCGACACCAGCCCUUCCAGAUCAGCCGAGCUGGUUCAGUCUUCCGGAUCUACUUUCCCAAUGCGGCGCCUCAGUACUCCUGCUCUUCCCUGCUCUCCCAGUAAAGCUGCCAGUCACGGCAGGGCCUCUUUGCCCUCCCUCACCAAGCUCAGCUUUGUAUCCAAAUCCCGCCGGGCGAUGAGCAGACGCAGAACUGUUAGUGGAGAAAGUUAUGCUUUCAGUGAGAGCAGUCGUCUUACUGCAGGUGCUCCCAGUGUUCUCGGCCAGCAGGGGGAGCUAUGUCUCCCCCAGUAUGGCUCCAACUCUCUCUCUGUCUCCCCCAAGCAAGCUCCUCUCCUGCACUACUCUCUGCUCUUCAGCUCUGUUUCUGGCACCUUGGUGGUCAACAUCCUAGGGCUGUCUGGGGAAACUAGAAGGCGCAGUGGGGUGUUUGUCCGAGCCAGCCUCCCCCCACUUCACCCCUUGCCCCAGCAGACAGCCCCACGCCGACGCAGCCUGAGCCCGGACCUCAUUGGCCAGAACUUGGUGCUCCAGGUGGGCUCUGUGGAGGAUCUCCGCACCUGUACCCUGAGGCUGGCUGUAUACAGCAAGGACUUCUCUGGGCUAAGAGAGGCUGCUCUGGGGGACGUGGAGCUGGCCUGUGACGAGGUGGAGUGGGAGCCUGACGCCAUGACUACCUACACCAAUAAGCUCAUACCAAGUAAAAGCAAGCUGAAAAAGAGUUUCAGUUCUCAGGAGACUCUGGGACGCAGGAAAAUCUCUGUUUGCGUGCCACGGACUUUGGGACAACUCUUCAUCUUGCUGCAGUACCAGGCCUUGGCUCAGCGAAUCAAAGUGAUGAUUCGAAAGGCUGAAAAUCUGGUCAAGCUGACACGAAUCCCAGGAACUCCAGAUCACUAUGUUGUUAUCAACUUACUUCACGAUGGUAAAAUAAUUGAUACAAAGGAGACCAAACUGGCCAGUGGCCCAAACCCCAUCUGGAACGCUCCUUUCCUGUUUGACCUUCCUCCUGGUGACAUCACCCAGCUGCCACUGGCUCUCGAAUUCAUCGUCAUGCAGGGCCGUCUCUACACUAGGAACAGUAUUCUGGGGCGCGUGCUGAUAGGCAGCGAUGCUUCAGAUGCAGGACAGGAGCACUGGAGGGAAAUCUGCUGUCCGGGACAAACAGAAACCACCCGCUGGCAUGUCAUUCAGUCAGACGCAGUGUAGAACUAACUAUAUGUAAAAAGGAAGGCUCUGCCAGGAGUAUAGAGGGUGAAACACUGAAUCUACUGGGGUGGUAGGAAUUUCCUCUGAUAUAACAAUCUUCUCCCCCCAUUGCAUUAGUGAUUGCUUCCCCGUGAUUCCUUAAUGCUGUAGUUUGUGAAAGUGUAACAACUCUGAUGUACUGUGAAACUUGUAUUAUGAUAAUGUUGUAGGAUUGUUUAUUUUGUGCCAAGAAACUACAAAUGCCAAUAAGAGGACUAACAUACAGUACAUGCUAUGUAUUUUACAACUUUCUGUAACUGUUCCAAAAUCUGUCUUCAAACUGAUGUCUUUCACGUCCUUAUAUCUAUCAUUCUGUUCAGAGCUGUCCACAGUAUCAUUGUCAUAUUUGGCAUGCCAACUGAUUUUUUGCAUCAUUUUAUUUAUCCCCUGGUGAAAAAAAAGUAUUUAUUCUAUUCGUCUUCUUGGAUUCAUUGGCAAAGGAAGAGCAAUCUGCCAUGUUGCAGACACCGCUUACAUGUUGCUAGCAGUAACAACUGAAUAGACUCUCUUCACAGUAGAUCACAACAGCAUGGAAAACCUUAUUACAUCAGAUCAAACACUAUUAGGAUUUUCAUUACAUAGCUUUUCACCAGCAUGGCCGGAUGUAGGUCAGGAAGGUUUCUGUACAGAGCACGCCAUCCUGCAAAACAAUAUUAAUCUGGCAUGGUGGUCUGCACAUAAGAAGGAACAAUGAACCACCACUAUGUCACCACAGACGUUUGGGCAACCUCCGAGCAUUUUGGGAACCCUCAUUCUCCAUCAUCCUUGACAGGAAAUACACAUUCUGUUCUUGGUGCACCUCAUAAAACCUCUUUAAGUCUCUACAGACAUCAUCUGACGGCUUGGUGAGAAGACUGGUACUGUUAGGGUCCUUGACGUUUUGGAGAAUAGGUAUAAUUUAAAACGUACCAUUGGUACAAGGAUGUAUAAUCAUGUCAGUACUGUAAUGGGACAACAGGUGUCAGCAGAGCCACUUCUCUUGCUGCUUGGAAAUAUGCCUCUCUCCCAUUAGAAGGGAGAGAUGGAGGAUGUUAAGUCACUUUCAAUGAAAUCCCUUGGCUCAAGUUUUGUGACAAAAUGUGACCCUUUGAACAACUUUGAGGAUUAUUUAGAUUUAUAAUAUAUAACAUAUUGGCUGAUUGCCCGAGAGGUAAAUUGGAAGCAAUGGAAAUGGACUUAACUUACCAAAUGCACUUGUAUGUCAAGAAGUGUUGGAACAUCCCCUUAUUAUCUGGAGGAUAACUGUGGUGUGUUUAAUGCAUAUUUUGACAAGUUAAGAUGAAAUAAAUAUAAAUUACAGGAAAUCUAAAGUAAUAAGUAAAUAACUUAUUGUCAUUUCAUGUACAUUCACCGGCCACUUUAUUAAGUACACCUUGCUAUGACCAGGUUGGGCCCUCUUUGGUCUUCAAAACUGCCUCGACUCUUGCUGUCAAAGAACAUGUCUCAAGAGGUUUUGGUCCACAUUGACAUGACAUCAUCAUGCAGUUGAUGCAGAUUUGUCUGCUGCACAUCCAUGAUUUAAAUCUCCCGUUCCAUCACAUCCUUGUGUUUGGGUCCUCAGAUCCCCACAUGUCACACAAUAGCUUCACUCGAAAGUCUAGAAUUUAUUUUCUUUCUACUCUGAGAAGAAACCAUAUGUUAUUAUAUUAGACUUGUUGGUACCAGUGGACACCUUCCUGCCCAUGGAUCAUUUCACAGAACUGCAAAUCAUCAGGGUUCCUUCAUGUGCCCAGGGGUUCCCAGUUGUAAUGCAUGCAAUUUAAAAAUAAAUACACUGUAUCACAUCACAGCUGAAGGUUGAUGUGCCAUACAUGCAAAUAGCCUGGGCAUAAGCAAUUUGUGUAAUUUCAAAUUUUCUACAAAGGGAAUCAAACUUUUAAAGAUGAAAGACCAAAACACCAAAUCUGUGAAGUGUAAACGGUAUGAAAAGAAUCUCGGCAUGAGGCUGUAAAGCGUUUGACGCCAACAUUCCUCCCUGUUUUGUCUCCUCUGAUGUUCCCACUCUUCUGUGGGAGGCAAAGUCAGUGAGAUGUUGCUGAUGCCUCUGCAGUCUUUUCUCUGUGUGGGCCUGCAGCCACUACGCUGCUGCUGCUUCAAUCAUUUCAGCUGCCUCAAUCUUCCGCUUUGAGGCUGAACAACAAAGUUUGUCAAAUGUCAUGUUGUGCACUCUCUAGGUGUUUGUGUGGGAAAGACAGAGUCACAAACAUAAAUUCUAAAUUAAAGAAGUUAUCCUGACCCUUUAGAAGUUCUGGGUUUAAAUACAAAAAGGUAAAGAUAAUACAGAAAAAAGCUGGAAGCAACAUUUACUUACCAAGAAAAACAAGAGCCAAAUAUGGUGGGAUCAAAAAUCAAGAGCAGUUUUUUUUUUUUUAUCUCAGGCCACUACAAUGUCUGCAGUAUUGAUCCAGAGCUUGUUUACCAUCUUGCUGAGCUCCAAGUAUGCAUGUACUAAUUUGCAAUGCACAGCAUAUGGGUAAAGCUUCAUAAUUUGGGUGACAGAUAAUGCCAGUGAUAGAAAAACACAAUAUUUGUGACCACUGAAUGGUCACAAAUAACAUCCAACAUAUUCCACACUGCACUUCAGGGCACAUUAGUGACUCACACCUUCGUUUGGUUUCUUUUUGCACAACCUGACGUCUCCUGCCUGUCAGAGGGCACCUGCUUUUAUCUGAAGAGACAGCAGGACCUUUCUGUUUAAGGGAGGAGGGGACACGUUCUUCUCUGUUGUAAUACACAAAGCUGAGUUUCAUGGAUUUUCCCCACCGACUUUAAAAAUGUUUUGCUGUUGUUGCA